UUUCUUUUGCGAAUUCGGCGCAACUGUCUUCUCCAUUUUUUAUCGAAGCUAACAAAAUGAAGUCUUUUAGCUAAAAUCAUCUCACAAUUUCAAGCUACUUUCGUUCAUAGCGUUUAACUUUGGGGUUCUCUUUCUAAAAAAAAAAGGGGUUAUUUGUUUUUUUUCUAAUUUUGGUAUUUUAUAUUCGGACUUACAUAAGCAGAGAGAUGAGCAUUUGUUUAAGCCGAGAGCACAAUUGUCCUCACCGAAUCAAAUACUUUAAUGUCCAGGCUAAUUAAUUAAGAAAAAAAGAAAAACAAAGUUUCUUAUCAAGGCUUACUUGUUAAUUAUUAUUAUGUUUAUUAUAAGCAUUUCUGAAGAUCUGUCUCCCACAAUCUACCUUUGAUCAUUUAUAAACUAAGCAGUAAACCUGCCUGCUUGCCUAUAACAUGUUGCUUCUUGUCUAAAAUAUUACAGACGUUACAGACUCUUCCAUGUGACGUCCGUGGCCCAUUUAUUUCAGGUCAGGAUAGCAGAGCUUCUCUUGUGAGGCAGAGCUUUUAUUUUGAAGCAGAAGUAGUUUUAUUUUGAAGUAUUUGAUUGGUUAGAGCUGCUGCUGUGUCCGCCUUCACGCAGGGGGCGCCAGUGACCAAACGUGUUUCCAUUUCUUCUACUGUAAGCACCGCUUGGACACAGUUUUCAACUGUACGUUUACUAUAAAAAUGUCAGCGCUGUCGGAGAAAGAGCUGAAUGGCUGCAGAACGCUGUUGGCGCUGCUGUCAGCGGGAGACUUGUUAGCGCUGAGUGACACCGUAACGAACCGGCUGGUCUGUGUAGAGAGCCCGAGAGAAGCUAUAGAAGCUAUCGUAGCCUACUCUCAGAGCGCAGAGGAGCUGCUGAAGAGAAGAAGAGUCCACCGUGAAGUUAUCUUUAAGUACCUCGCCAAAGAAGGUGUUGUGGUUCCUCCAAACAGCGAGAAGCAUCAGCUGGUGAAAAGGACUCUUGAAUUAUGGUCGUCUGGCAACGUCGUCCCCUUGCCGAACGCACUGAGCGACAUCAGUGCAAGUCGACCAGAUGGUUUGGCAGACCUAACAGCUUUGGGUAGGGAGUUUUGCCAGUGGUUUUUCCACCUUUUGAACUCUCUGAAUUCUGCGCCAGGUCAGCCAGUUCAGGAAUGGGGACCUCAGCACUUCUGGGGGGAUGUGAGACUACUCCUUCUUUCUCACACUGGAGAGCAACAGCGGGACGAGUACCAUGGAGCAGAACUGGUCAGCCGGCGCCUUUCUGCUCUAGUGUGGGAAGAAAAGUUAACUUUCUGCCCUAACCUAGAACACUCAGGUUUGAAGUGCCUUUCUACACCUCAUGGAUUGGUGUUGGUAGCAGUUGCCGGAACCAUCCAUCGGGAAAAUGUAUGCCUUGGAAUUUUUGAGGAAGUGUUUGGUUUGAUUCGUGAUCCACUAGAUGGAAACCGUUGGAAGGUAAAGUUGGUGCAUCUAAAAAUAAAGGGACAGAUUGGUAGGGAACAGCUGCCGGUGGUCACCUACGACUCAAAUGACCUUCUUCAACUUUUCACCAAAUAGUUCUGUGACAGCAGAUAUUUUACUGGGACAGUUAACGUGCACUUUAAGCAUUGCAUGAUAUGCAUAUUAUUUUAAGAUGGACGAUCUUUUUUCAUUUUUUUUCCUUCACUGUUAUGUACAGUGUUGCCUGUUGAGAACUCUGUUUAUGGAGACAUUUUGACAGGCUUAUCUUAUUAAACCAGACGUCAUUAAGAUGAUGUCAGAUGAUGUUCCAGUCACUGGAAUAUAUGCUCAUUCUCAGGAGUGGCGCUCAUUCUACCAGUGAAUGAUCAUGUUUACGCUGUGAUCCAUUUGGGAAACUGGCCUAGCUUUGUGUGCUUUUUUUAAAAAUUCAUUUCUAUGAAAACUAAGAUUUGUUUUAAAUUUCACUUGUCAGUUGCUUUUGGCAUUCACAGUAUAUGCAGUCUCAUGCAUUCAUUGUUUUGGCUUCUGUUUAUUUGAAGACAUAUUAAAUCAAUCUGUCAUACUCCUAAUGCUUCAUGUGCUCUAAAUCGGACUGAUAUUGAACAUUUCAAUUUGUCUAGCAAGAAGUACAGUUUUUCCAUGUUUAACCAGUUUUUAAUUUACUGCACAUUUGCAUAGCUUAUUAGUCAAACACCCCGCGACCCUGACGGAGAAGCAGCUUGGAGAAUUGAUGGAUUUGUCAAAAGUUUUGAUAGUUAUUUGUGUAUUGGUUCAGAAUCAGUGAGCUUCUUAAGAUGUUUUUAAAAACCUGCAUUCCAGAAAAUAUAGACUUGAUAUAUUA